CUUUUACAAGUGGAUUAGUCACAAGCUCAAUCCGUUCAGUAUGAAUUUUAUCCAAAGCAAAUAUGAAGAUGUAUGACUGUGAACCAUACAAUCGACGCAAAACCAACUCAAUAGGCUCUCACGGCGUUGUUUGUACUGUGCGAAGUGUUAACCAUAAAUAUAUUGGUAAAUAUUUAGAUUACCCAAUCCUCAUCUCAAUGCCGAUUCCUCCGUCCGAUCACAUCACAUUGCGUCGAUCAACGAUCAGUUCUGAUCCAUCGCCCGUAGAGAUGGGAUCCAUCGGUGAAACACUUUGGCUGCUGCUUCUCGCUGUACUGAUCUUGACCUCGGAAUCUUCGUCCACCGCUGACGUCAACGGCUCUACGAUGACCUGUGGUCUCCCUGUCACCAACCAAAGACGUCCGCUGAUCGUCAAAGGAGAAGUAGCCUCCUCGUCCGGUGAGUGGCCUUGGCACGCCUCAAUCUGGCACCGCGUUAGCCACGGAACGUUCGUCUACGUGUGCGGAGGAACGCUCCUGAGCGAACUGUACGUCCUGACGGCGGGCCAUUGCGUCUCCAAGGACGGCAACAGUCUGAACGAACGUUUGAUCACCGUCCAGUUGGGCUCGGUGCGGCAGAACUUACUGCUGGGGAGCUUCCCGGUGCAGAAUGUUGCCGUAGCGGGGAACAUUGUGCACGAAGACUUCGCUCCGCGGACCUUCCAAGCGGACCUGGCGAUGCUGGCCUUGCGGACGAAGGUGGUGUUGAACGAGUUUAUACGACCGGUUUGUCUGCCGGAGGCUGGCGGGAAGAGUGAUGGGAAAGAUCUGUAUGGGAGGGAAGCCGUGGCGGUCGGGUUCGGGAUGACCGAGCAGACGGAGACGGCGUACGAACUGAGGAAGAUACGGCUGCCGAUAGUGGAUUACGUGACGUGUUUGGAGAGCAAUAGGCAAGUGUUUGGGAUGACGCUGUCGGCGAGGGUACUAUGCGCUGGGUACCGGAAUGGGAGCAUGAUCUGCAAUGGAGACAGUGGAGGAGGAUUGUUCACGGAGGAGGAAGGAGGAAGGUGGGUGCUGCGAGGGGUGGUUAGUUUUACGGCGCAGCGUGGCUGGAACGAUACGAGCUGCAGUUUGUCGGACUAUUCAGCGUUUGUUAAUGUGGCGUACUACGGCGAUUGGAUUCGGUAUGUGUUGGAACAUGGAGACCAGCGAGGAUAUUCCAACAGGACCGUUGAGAAAAGUGAGAAUGGAAGAGGGACCGAGCAGACGAAGGCAUUGAAGACGCUGCGUGUCAGUGAGAAGAAAUGCAAAGAAUACCGCCGUAAAGGUUUGACAAGAGUGCGACCAGCUUCGGUGCUUCAUACAACAUACUUCAAAAAUGCUACCGUUUCGAGAUCGGAUACCUACUCCAAGUCUGAGCACGUGCUAUUGUACGCCAAUAAGACCGAGGUUGGUCUGGUGUACUACGUGAGCGACCGAUACGCUAUAACUACGGUUGAGGUAGCGAAGGAUUGUGCCCUGGAGUACGUCAUCUGCAAAACAGUUCACGGCGCGUUGGUUCGUCAGGUAAUCGUACACCCUGGUUAUAGGGAAGAAGGUCGAGACUUCAACGUCGCAAUAGUUAGAACGGACGAAACAGAUGAAUUUUUCUGGUGUAUUGCUGCCACAUCGUCCAAUACCUUACGUGUAGAGGAUAAAAAACUGCAGCUCAGCUUGAUCGCUAACGAAUCCUACAGCUGGAUUGAGUUUGACGUAGAUUGGUACAUGCGAACAGCACGAGGUUUGGCAGUUCUGAACGAUCACCCCGACGAGAUAGCUGGUCUGCUGCAGAAUUCGGACGGAGAGCCCAUAGUGAUGAGUAAUGCAACGGCCUUGCUGAACUGGGUCGAAUCCGUAGUCUGGAACGUGACAUAUGUGAAGGAAGCCGUUGGUCGUGUUGAAGCGAGGGUCUCUGGACAAAAGCUACGAAGCAGUGCCGCGGCUUGCAAGCGUUAUCGACGAGCCGGAUUGACGAGUGUUAACCCGUCGAAUCCGAUUCAUACCGAGUUCUUCAAGAAUGCCACCUAUCAAAAGUCCGACGGUCGCUCCAAAUUCAAUGCCGUGGAACUUCUCCGCAAUGACACAUCACUCGGGGUAGUCUACUACCUUGCCGAAGAGUACGCCAUCACCACUGGAAGUAUAGCGUCGAACUGUAUGCCUUCGCCGGGUAUUUGCGUGACGGAACACGAUCAGCAAGUCCUGCAGGUGUUCAUCCACCCGAAUUAUACAGGAGGACGAGACUUCAACGUCGCACUGCUCCGAACGACCUUUGCAGAUGAAUUCUUCCUUUGCUUAGCAGUUGAACCACCUAUUCGUUUUUACUUCGGCGGCAAGCGCCUUCCCCUGGUCGAGAUCCUCAGCGAGCAACCGACCUGGGUGGAGUUCGACACCGACCUGUACCUCCGCAUAACUCGAGGCUCCGCCCUGUACACCGAUCGACGGGACGAGAUCGGAGGCCUUCUGCAGAACGGACCCGGCGAAGAGCUCGUGAUGACCAACGUCACUGCCCUGCUGGAUUGGAUCGAACCCAUUGUCUGGGAUGUGGCGGCGUCGUCAAUUGAACCGCGCUAAUUCUCACACAACCGGACGGAAGUUCCCAUCAAGAGCGAUAAAUCAACAAUUGCGUGCACUUGACGGCGGACAAAACGAACUGCAGACAGGUCCAAUACAUGCAAUGUAGCUUCUUUCUCCUGGA